AUGGGGAAGCGGCGCUCUGGAGCAAGGACUAGCAAGGAGGCCACUUCCCCGGCCGCCGGCCCGAAGGCACACGGUCCUCCCGAGGGGCUGAGCGGGCAGCUCGGGCUGACCGGGUUCCGGGAAAGCGCGGGGGACGGGCGGUCUGCGAAGGGCGGAGCACCCCAGGGAGCUGGCCGAUGCCGCAGCGCACCUCGAGAGCUCCGGCGAGGGGGCGGGAGGAGCGGCGCGACGCGGCGAGGCCCGCGGCGCUGGGCUGUGCGGGGUCCCGCGGCGGCCGGGCGGCGGCGCUCACGGGGGCGCGGGCUUCCCGAGGCCGCGGGCGGCGUGCUGGCGCUCCCGGGCGGCGCCGCCGCGGAGCUUGGCGCGGCAGCUGGCGGCGGCCUGGCGCGUGGUGACGGCGCCCGCGGGCGGGCAGCGGCUCCCCGGGGCGGCCGGGCGCAGGGCGGAGGCGCUGCGGGGCGACGGCUUCCCGAGGCUUCGGCCAACGCGGGCGGCAGCGGUCCCCAGGGAGAGAGACAAACACACGGCGGUUAG